AAUGAAUUAAUUUAGGAUUCAUUCCAGGCUUUGGUUUGGAGCUUAAUGGGAAUGCAAUUCAAAAGAGAGAGAAUAAAGUGAUGAGAGAGAGAAAGAGCGGAGAAGGGGCCGAUAAGAGAGGAGAGAGAAAGGAAGAGAGAGGAGAGAGAGAAUCUGGUGGGCUUUGAGCUGUGAUUUAGCUGGCCUUUGAUGUUAGGUUUUUUCUCUCUCACACUCGCACACCUCCAAAAUCCCUAGAAAAAACCCCUCCCCACUCUCAUUCCUCAUCUCUUUCUCUCUCCUCCUCCUCCUCCUCCUCCUCUUCAAGGCUGUGGGCACAGUCUCCAAUCUCCGUCUCUCGAACUCCUGCGCUUCUCGUAUUUCUCUCUUAGAUCUCACUCCUUGUGAGCAUCUGUUCAUCCGCCCAUUUCGUUUUCUGUUCUUAGUCUGGAGAAAACAGGGGAAGAAUUUACAUUCGCACAACAGAAGGAAGGUGGUGAUUCAGAUGUCUCAUGUGAGAUGAGGAAGACAACCCACCUCCAUUUGUCUUCCCCACUCUCUGUUCUUCUUCUGCAUUUCUUGUUUCUUUUGAGUUUUGCAUCUUUCAGUUGUUAUGGGCAGAUCUUCACAGGUUUCAGCCAUGGCCGUCUGUCGGACGCCGAGGCUAGCUACCUCAAGCAGAGGCAGCUUCUGUACUUCAAGGACGAGUUUGGGGACAGGGGAGAGAAUGUGACUGUAGAUCCUUCUCUGGUGUUCGCGAACCCCAGACUCAGGAACGCUUAUAUUGCUCUGCAGGCUCUGAAACAGGCCAUCAUUUCCGAUCCCCUCAACCUCACCGGCGACUGGGUCGGAUCUAACGUGUGUAACUAUAAUUGCGUGUUCUGCGCUCCGGCGCCGGACAACAAGAGCAUUCUCACCGUCGCCGGCAUCGAUCUCAACCACGGCGACAUUGCCUCUUAUUUGCCGGAGGAAUUGGGUCUGCUCACCGAUCUAGCAUUGUUUCACAUCAACUCGAAUCGGUUUUGCGGAACUGUUCCUCAGAAGUUCGCGAAUCUGAAACUACUGUUCGAGUUAGAUCUCAGUAAUAAUCGGUUCGCUGGGAAGUUUCCGCGAGUUGUGCUGAAAUUGCCUUCGCUCAAGUACCUAGAUCUUCGAUUCAACGAGUUCGAAGGGGGUGUACCUAGAGAGCUGUUUGACAAGGACCUCGAUGCCCUCUUCAUCAAUCACAAUCGGUUCGCUUUCGAUCUACCGGACAAUCUCGGGAACUCGCCGGUCUCCGUCAUUGUUCUCGCCAACAACAAAUUCCGAGGGUGUGUGCCGGCGAGCUUAGGUAACAUGUCUGGAACCCUUAACGAGAUCAUUCUGAUGAACAAUGGGUUCCGAUCGUGUCUACCUCCCGAGAUUGGGUUGUUGAAGAAUUUGACGGUGUUCGAUAUCAGCUUCAAUCAGUUGAUGGGUCCUCUUCCUGAUGAAAUCGGAGGUAUGUUAAGUCUGGAGCAGCUGAAUGUGGCUCACAACAUGCUUUCCGGCACCAUUCCGGCUAGUAUAUGUAAGCUUCCGCGCCUUGAGAAUUUUACAUAUUCCUAUAACUUCUUUACCGGCGAGCCGCCGGCGUGUUUGGCUUUGCCCGAUUUCGAUGAUCGGAGGAAUUGCUUGCCGUCGAGACCGUCGCAGCGCUCUCGUGAGCAAUGCAACUACAUUUCGUCUCGCCAUGUUCAUUGUAGUGCGUUUAGAUGUAAACCUUUUGUACCUUCUUUGCCUCCGCCUCCUCCGCCUUCUCCUCCAUUGCCGUCGCCUCCGCCGCCGGCGCCAGUAUCGCCAUCUCCCCCUCCACCGGUUCAACCGCCGGUUGUGAGACAUCCGUCGCCACCGCCACCUCCACCACCUUCACCUUCACCUCCACCGCCAGUUUUCUCUCCGCCGCCACCGCCUCCGCCUGUCUCCUCACCGCCUCCACCGUCACCACCACCACCAUCUCCAUCCCCGCCGCCUCCGCCACCACCACCACCACCGGUUUAUUCUCCGCCGCCGCCUCCGCCUUCUCCACCCCCACCGUCCCCUCCACCACCUCCACCCCCAACAUCUCCGCCGCCGCCUUCUCCAUCGCCACCUCCGCCAUCACCGCCGCCUAAUUCUCCACCACCUCCAGUGUACUGUGUGCGGUCUCCACCGCCACCACCUCCACCCUGCGUCCGGAGCCCCCCUCCACCUCCCCCGAAUUCCCCACCGCCUCCAUCUCCAGUAUAUUCCCCGCCUCCACCUAGUCCGCAAUAUCCGCCACCACCACCUUAUCAUUCACCACCUCCCCCGCCACCUUCACCGCCCCCACCCCCUAACUCACCACCACCCCCACCACAUUCACCACCCCCACCUCCAGUAGUCCAUUCUCCACCACCACCGUCACCGCCACCAGUCUACUAUCCGCCACCUCCACCCAACUCACCCCCACCACCGCCUCCCAAUUCACCUCCGCCACCGCCUCCAUGCAUAGAACCACCUCCACCCCCGUCACCCCCGCCUUGCAUAGAACCACCACCUCCCCCUUCUCCUCCUCCAUGUGAAGAGUACUCCCCACCACCACCAUCACCAUCACCACCACCACCACCGCCCGGUGUUCCAUACUUGCCACCACCUUCACCCUCACCGCCUCCACCACCUGUUUCCCAAGCUCCACCCCCACCAAUAUACCCUCCGCCCGCAUCAUCACCACCACCUCCAGUUCCAUGUGAAACACAGCCACCGCCACCACCUUCGAACCAAAGCCCACCACCUCCUGCUCCGGCAUUUGAUGGGCCAUUGCCACCAGUCUAUGGGGUUUCAUAUGCUUCUCCUCCACCACCACCUUACUAUUGAUUCUUUAGAGAAUUUCCCCCCUCUGACCUUCCCUCCAAUAGAAACAAAAUUUGACAACCACCACAUCAUUGGUAUCUUUUCUUUUUACCUCUUUUACAUUGUUUCUAUCAAGUCUUCUUUGUCUCCGGGCAAAUCUCCUUCCAGAAUAGGAAGAAGAAUAAAGGGAUUGAAAUGAAAUGCUAUGCUGAGUUCUAGAAUAUGUCCCGGCAGCCGAAGCCAUCUCUUUUGAGUUGUUGUCAGUAAUUGCUGAAGAAAAAGAAAAAGAAAAAAAAAAAAGCGGUGAAAGAAAAGAAAAAGAGGAGGUAAGAGGGGGAAAUCUCUCCAUAUUUAUUUGAAUUGUUAUGGAUAUUUGAGUUGUGGAAAUAAAUGGCAGAGAAAGAGAGUAGGUUUCAGAGGAAGUGUAUGUAUAGGGGAUGAAUGGAGAACCAUGAGCAGGGCAGGGGGCUACAGGACAGCCGGGCUUCUGCUGUCCGCUGCUGCUGGUUUGUGGGUUUAUUGUUAUUAUCUCUUCUUAUAUCAUACUUUUGUUUCUUUUGCAUCCCAAUUUUAUAGUAUAAUCAUGAACAUUUUUACUUGUAUUGAAUUUCAGAAUUCAGAUCAUUCCUUUUC